CAGCCUUUGUCCUCGGCGUUAAAAAACAGUGUGCUCGUGCACCUGCAGCAGUUUAAAAUCUGUUUCACUUUUUUAUGUUCAGAAAAUUCUUGAGAAGUGAAGCAUGUAUUUCUUACGGACAACUGCACUUGUUCUGCUGGCGUUCUUUAUUUCAGACGCUCUGGGACAGAAUUCGACCACUGCUGUGAUGCCAACACCUACUCCAUCGUCCACUGUGGCGCCCAUGUCAUCACAAGUACUACAAUCUACACAAAGCGUAACUAUCGUCACCAUGCCAACGAAAGGUACCACGCAAAAAGGGGAAACCACACCGACCACAAUGAAACCAAACGCCCUGGGACAGAAUUCGACCACUGUUGUAAUGCCAGCGCCUACUCCAUCGUCCACUAUGCCCCCCAUGUCAUCACAAGUACUACAACCUACAAAAACCAAGAAAUCAACUUGUGCGAAGAUUAAAUUUGUGGUAGAACAAAUGUGGAAUGCGUCCCUUGAAAUAUCUGAUUCAGAGAAGUUCAAGGAGUGGAAAAACAUGACAUUCAUGGAAAUGAAAUACCUUUACAACGAUUACGAAAAGUACUAUGACGUUAGCUUAUCAGGAGUGGCUUUCUCAAAUAAAGACGGUAAAGUUGGCGUGGAGGCGAAGUUAUGCAUGGUUGUGAAGGGGAAAGAAAGUGGUUUCAUCGAGACGGUGUUUACAGACAAAGUGAAGAGUGGUCAGCUUCAUAAUUUAAAGGUUGUGAGUGGAAGUGCCGAAUUCACUCCAGAAGGUGUUGAAUUCAAGGACUGGAAAGCUAAAGAUGGCGAAUGCGAUACGUGCAGCGGAGCCGGCGGUGAGUUCACUAUCGAGAGACAAUGUGUGUCAAAAGAGCACAGCUGCGACGGGUUGAAGGAGGAAAAGAAGACACAAGACUGCGUAGAGUACUGUCACGGUGGUACAGCGGGCAUAGCAGUUUCCCUUGUGGUCUUGGCUUUUGGGAUGUUACUCUCGUUCAGUUCGCAGUAGGUGCUGAGUGGAAUUGGAAAUCAGACCUCCAAAGGAAGGAAACAAGAUUUAACGUUACUUUCUACUUUAUGAAUCGUGCAUUUUAACAGUCAUUAGACUGCAUUUUUGUAGGUGCAUUAGAGACUCGUGUCUAUCGAACAACGUGAUGUCUUUCUUAAACUUUUUGGAUAGAAUUAACUAUCUUUUUUCAAAAAAAGUGAGUCCAUUAGAUGUCUAAUAAAUAGAUUUCAUGAUGCCUUCCCUCUUUUCAGUAAUGCACGACGUCAAAAUGUAGCAAGAACAAAAACGUCGUUGUAUCAUAGCUGUACAUCAGAUCCAUACUAACAUAGCAUAUUGUUUGUUUUUUGUAAAAAAGAGCAAAAAAAAUCUUGAUAGUGAUUUUAUCUGUGCGUCUUUUCUGACAAAUAGAUCUUAUGUAAGAACUAAUUAGAACGCAUGCGUAAUUAAGCUAUUAUAUAAAAGCUAAAAUAGUUUAAGAGCAGUUACCGAAUCGUGACUGUUAGACUGUUAUUCCUGAGUGAGGUAGUAAAACAAGAAUUAUUCCAUGAAAUCGUUUCCCCUUCUCAAGUUCAAGAAUUGAUUGUUUCAAGAGAAAAACUACUUUGAAAACUGCUAGUCAGUCUCUAUUAUACUUCUGACGAUUAGCAAACGUAGCACUUAAUUUUCUGCACUGAGUAUCUUACUAUCAAGGGUUUACCCAAUCAGAUCAACUAAAGACUGUGAAGUGGCUACGUUGAGGAUCGACACCGCUGGGAGUCUUUGCUUUUUAAUUUCAAACAUUUUUCUAAAUUUCAAAUCAGAAAAUUCCUUCAUUUCUUUCCUAAACUGGCUACAUCCUCUUGAAACUGAUGCUCCUACAGCCCAACAUCUCCAGCAGCUCAUAGCUGAACACAAGAACUCAGCGAUUCCAUUUAGAGGUUCGUGGUGACUUAGGGUAAGGGUUUUGGAGAAAGUUUGAGUUCUUCGUCCACAAGAUAGUGGGUAUUCCACGCUUAACCCAGGCUUUAUUUCAAUGGAAACGAAUUGUUUUGAUUGAGGUGCACUAUGAUGACUUUGUCAGAAUCAGUUACAGUUGACUGCAGCGUAUAAGGUGCGAUUAAAAUCAGUUUUGGUAAAUGCAAUUGGAUUUAAAUGGAUUAGAAUGGAUUUGAGUGAAUAAAAUUAGAUUGGAGUGGAUUGGAA